UUUUCGCACGCGGUCCAUAAACAUGCUGAACGAUUGCCUCGUUGCUCUAACGUUGAAUUCACGACCGUUAUAUGUAGUUGAAUAUCUAUAUUUAUUUACACCCAUAACCUUCAAAACAAAAGCUUUGUAAUUUUCGCGAGGGUGUGUAACGAACUUAGUCAAACUUAGUCAAAGUGAUUGUUCGAAAUAAUACAGUUUAUUAUUUGUUAUUUUUAUUUGUUAUGUAAAAAAAAAUCUACCUUAAUUAUUUGCUCAUUAUGAAUGUCCGAAAAGUAUUGUUGGCAAGCUUUAAUCAUUUUGCAAAGAGGAAACUGCUGACAACAACUAAAGCCUGUUCAAAUUUUAUAGGUGUGAGAAGAUUGUCUAGUCAAUUUUUAAAUAGAAAUCUGCAGUGCGAUCCAAAGAAAAUGAGUGUAUUUCGAUUCAGUGAUUAUGACUGCAUAGGUUUCGAUUUGGAUAGCACCAUUGUACGCUAUCAUAUCACAAAUCUUGUACUGCUAGAAUACGAUGUAAUCACCACUUUCUUGAUUGAAAAGAAAGGAUACCAUGCAAAGUACUUAAAAGAACCUCUAACUCAUAGAGAUAUCGAUUUCAUUCAGAAGGGAUUAUUUUUUGACUUCGACAAGGGCAAUAUUGUCAAGCUCACUCCUAAUGGUAGUGUUUACAAAGCGAGUCAUGGAACCAAAAUGUUAAAUAAUGAUGAAAUUGAAAAAUACUAUCCCAAUCGCCAAUGGAUGUAUGGGGAAAUUUUCAGCAAAAACCCAUUGAUGACUUGGAAUGGACCUUUCUCUGCAAAAAUAAGAACAUUGUUGGAUUGUUUUGACAUGCCAGCUGGUCUAGUAUUUGCCAAGGUAGUUGAUGCAUUGGAUACAGAGAAUGGAGGCAAACCUUUGGAUCAAUAUAACAUUUGGCCUGAUAUUUUAGAUGCUUUUGCUGAUAUGUAUUCCAGAGAACAAGUACAAGGAGGAGGGGGAAAUUUUUAUCCAGAAUUGAAAAAAAAUCCUGCCAAAUAUAUUCACAAGUGCGAUCCAAGAACCUUGGAGUGGAUCAAAAAGUUGAAAGAAACAAAAAAAACUUACCUGAUCACAGGUUCUAAUUUGGAUUUUGUAGAAGUAACAACUAGUUAUGCAUUUGGUGAAAAUUGGAAAUCUUUGUUUGAUGUCAUAAUCUGUUAUGCUAAAAAACCAGCAUUUUUCACUGAUAACAGGCCAUUCUAUUCCUUAAAAAAUUAUUUUGAAGAUGAAGUUAUAACUGCAAGAGAUUUGAAAACUGGCGGAAUAUAUAAUCAAGGAAAUUGGAAAGAGUUGGCUCAGUUUUUUUCUAACAUAACAGGUGUAGAUAAUCCAAAGUGCCUGUAUGUUGGAGAUAAUAUGUUGCAAGAUAUUUAUGCUCCAAGUUGUUAUGCUUCCAAUUGUGACACAAUGGUAAUUUCUGAAGAGCAGUUAGCUGAGCGUUUGUUAAAUCAUGAUAUCACUCAUCAUCAUGAAGAUAUUUUAACUUCUAAAAUAUGGGGAUCUUUCUUUCAUGUGAAAGAAAAUGAUGUUAUCAAAGAUUCUUUCUGGAAUUUCAUGAUAAAAAAGUAUUCUAAACUAUGCAUCCCAAAGUUGGAAAUGGUAAUUGACAUACCACUGAAUGAACCAAUUAAUUGUUUUACCCAAGAAGAUGGCGAUAAAGAGCUGAGUGGUUACCAUCCAGCUAAACCUGUUACUUUGGCUAAUAUUUAAAAAAUGAUAAAAAAGAGCUAUUGGUUAUUGUCAGUCUUCCUAUAAUAUUAAGGUGAUACGCAUAAUUCCAGCUAUCAAGAAACAGUUGGACAACCUCCAUAAACCUCGUUUUGUACCAAAAUCCAGAACAUUCAAAACCAUAAGAAUG